AAGUGGAAACGCGGAGACGCACGAACACAAAGCAGAGACAGGAAAGAACCCGUCUGAAAUAGGAUUGUCAAGGUUUGGAAACCCGGGUUAUCACAAUGUCAACGAAUCCGGUAUUCACGAUUUGGGUGUGUUUCGCGUUCCUGUGUCAAAUCGUCUGUGGUUUAGUUCCCUCUCCAACAAACGUCAGUCUUGAUUGUCACAACUUUGUUAAUAUACUCUACUGGAACUACAGUAAACCAACUGAACAACUGAAAUUCAUUGUAAUGGUCAAACCCUAUGUAAGCAAUUCCCAAACAGUGGAGACUUCUCAGAUGCACCUGAAUAUCAGCAAGUAUACCAGUGACCCUGCUGAUAAUUAUGUAGUGACUGUGACAGCACAUGAUGGAAAAGAGAAAUCAGAAUGUGUCUCCAUUCAAUUUACCUACAGCAGUGACUUUUAUAAUGAUAACACACAUAAAUGCUCUGUGCACUUUCCAGAUGUAAAUAUGUCUGUUCAUAAAGAUAUGAUUGAAGUGUUCUUUCUGCACCCUUAUAACAUUUAUAAACGGGACAUUCUGAAGGAAGUAUUUUUGUACACAGUCACACAUGAUCAGCGAGACAGUAAAUAUGAAUGUUUUGAUGACAAAGAGCUGUGCACUGCAGUAAUCCACCUUAACCAAAGAUUUGAUGGCCAGUGCAUUGAAGUGCUGUUUGAAGGGAUGAUUGCUGCUAUACCUACUAGUACCUACAGAAACGUUUGUGUCUCUGUGCAAAAGCCUGUUGAGACUGGCUACAUCCCGGCUGUAGUAGGAGUUGUUGUUGUGUUGCUCUUCAUUGCUGUGGGUUUUGUGUGGAUACUCUGCAAGAAGUGGUCCAGAAUUCCCCAAAUUCCCAAAUUUUUGCAGCGGAGUCUCAUGACUACAAAACAAUCACCUAGUGCCGUUCAACAACCUGAGCAGCUCAACCUCUCUAAAAUGACGUCUGCGGCUCACACACCCCUACUAAUGACAGAUGAAAGCCCCACCAUUUCUCCAGUUGAGAAAGACAGCAGCACAGUCAUUAUCCCUACUGACACACAAGAGGAAGUGGACCACGACAAAUCUGGCCUUUCUGAAGUGGAUGUGAAUUUUGAGGAGUCUGAAGGCUUCGGCAAUUCAUCUGGUUAUGACAGUCACAAAUUCCUGUUGGAGAUGAGUCCCGGCGACUUAACGCAUGCAUACGGUCCACGACCAUCUGUAAUUUAGUGUAUGAAAAUGAAAAGUCUUGCCAUGUCUUGGAUCAGUUUCACACAUACUGCGUCUGCAGGACAUGAGCAGUGCUGCUGCGUGACCCCAAUGGCAGAUGCACAUUUAGCUUUCACAUUGACAGAGUUUCUACUGCAUGUCAAUAUAAAAAGAAGGGACAAGGAGUUUUUCCUUUGAUAAUGGCCAUAAAUGAUAAAAUGGUUAUCGAGAGUGAACAAUUGAGAAUUAUUACGCACUUGAUUAUCAUUAAAAUGUAAUUUACAUGAGAAAGGCGACCAAAUUUAAAUCCAUAUGUUAAUUAACUUACGUAGAAUAAACCUCAAAAACCUCAAGUUGCCUAAUAUAACCCAUUUAAAGGAAUAUUCCGGUUUAAAACAAGUUGAGCUCAGUAAACAGCAGUAGCUAAGCUAAACCUGAGCCAAGUAGAAAUACUUUUUGUUGUUAUCAUCAUUAUGCCACAAAUGCUGUUGAUUGAACUUAGCUUGUCUUGAACCCCUUAAACUCGAUGGACCUGCCGGCUGGUCCACAAGGGGGCGCUAUAUUGCAAAGUAAGUUUACGCUUAAAACAUUAAAGUCCCCGGUUACACAAGUCAGGCAUAUGUGGUAACAUUUGAAAGCUUAGAAUAUGAGCUUUUCAUAGAACACCAUCAAUUUGGCAUUUAUGUAACAUAAAAUAACAAAAUAAGGCCUGAAACAUCUGUGUCACAAAUAAGCACCAUUUUGAGGUCAUGUGGUAGAAAUAUUCAUAUGAAUAUAAAAGUCUUUCACAUAGUACAUAUAUAGACAAGCCAUACAUCAAAUGAAUGCUCUCAUUCUAAGGAAUGUGACUGUACAGUUUAGUAGUUCAGCCAUUUUUUAUUUUUCUGUGAGCUUACAUGAAUAAUCCAAUGUUAUAUCUUAGAUGUCCAGAAAAUAAAUAUGCAGUCCAGCUGGAAAAGCAUGCUAACAAAUAAUUUGAAAAAUACGUUAUCUUAUAUGUUCUAUUGAUGUUAAAAUGUUAAACAUCAUCGCAAAGGGUAGGAUCUCAGCUUUCUAAUGACACCUAGAUUGAGCUUCUAGUCCACUCAGAGCCCGAGAUAUUCUGUGAAACUAUGGGGGCGGAGCAAGAAAUGAAAAUUAGACUGAAUGUUUAUAGACGAGCAUGUCUGUGAGGGCUAAAAUGCAUUAGAGCGCCACUUAUAUUUCAGAUCAGCAUGUUGUAAUGGAAGGUGUCCGCCGUGAAUGCUGUAAUCUGUUAAUAUGAGCGGCAAAAUUAAUAUGUGCCCCUCGCAAGCCACAGAUGCAGUAUGUGUAAGCAGACCUUAUAGGAUUUUCAAUAUAAUAGCCUGUUUACAUAGUCAUUUCAUGCAGUCAUUACUUGGUCCUAUUAUGAUUUCACACAAGUAUUCACACAACCUAACACAAAACAUGCUUUGCUGUCAGCAGUGCUUAAUUUGUAAAUUAUGAAGUCCUGUAAGUAACAGCACUGCUUCAAAUUUACUAGGUUUCAGCACGGAGCACUUAUUUGUCCUUAUUUUAUAGAGUAGACAGUGGCUUUCUAGAGCUAUUAGAUUGCCAAUCUAUCUCUCACGCAUCUGAUUAUAUACUGUCACUUACUCCGAGAAAGAUCUGCAUCGAAGGAGAGGAGAACCGGAGGAUUCCCACACAACCUGUCAAGAAAGUGUCCUGGUCAUUUUAACCCAAAAUCAAUAUAUAAUACAAAUAUAUAUAUAUAUAUAUAUAUAUAUAUUAUUCAAUAUUUUACAUAAAAAAAAUUAAGCCUACGGUACAUUUAGAACCAUUACGCUUUUUUUAGCCUGGUGUCAUGAAUAUAAUGGGGUCGUGACAAUGUUUUUGCAAAAUGAAAUUAUGUGCUCCGUUACACGUUUCGCUGCAGUUUCCUAUUGUCCAGUGGGGGGCGCAAAAGCGAGUACUUUUUUUUUUUUUUAAAUCAGCGAAAAAGGGAGCACUACUAUGAUGUCUAAAUACUUUACAAUUUAAGUAAUAUUUAAAUAAUCCUUUUUUAAACAUUGUGUUAAUGAGAAUAUCAUAAAUGACCAUCUUUUUUGCAUUGCAGUAGUGAGAAUUAGGCGGUAAAUAUGCAUAACAGUCAUGAAAAUAAUGUCACAAUGUAAAAAAAAAAAAAAAAAACCUGAAAGGCCCUAAAAAUAGGCUUCAUUUUAACAUAUAAAUUCUUGAUUGUGUUGAGUAAAAUAGGACCAGGAUAUUUUUUUCACAGGUUUUGUGAGAAUCACAGAAAUGUUAUACUUUUUACUAGGUAUAUUAAAGUUCCUGGCUGUUACAUGUUCAGGUUCUGCUGUCAUAAUAUCACAUUGUUCUGUCUGCAAAAAAGUUAUAACAAUACAUACAACUAAAAGUUAUUCUUUAAUUGAAAGUUACUCUGUGGUUAAAAAUGUAACAAAAAAAUGUUUAGUGUUAUUACAAAUCAUUGGUUGUAUAUAUGGCACAUACAGCAUUGCACUGAUUGCCUUAUGAGCAAAUAUUUCGAAUACAUAUGUUGUCCUUUUAUAUAUAUAUAUAUAUAUAUAUAUAUAUAUAUAUGGCAAGAUGCAAGUGACAUCUGGUUUGACAUUAAUGACUUUAACUUGCACUUUUAUGCAUAACCCUUAAAUUAAUUCUAAGCUUAUUCGUCAUAUGUUUCAGCUUCUUUUUUUUCUUCUUUGUUUUUUUUUUUUUGGUUUUGCUUGAAAUAAAGCAAAUUUGCACUUAAUAGUGGUGGAUUUUGUAUGUUUAUGUAUACAUUUCCACAGCCAUUUAAAAGACAGGAGAAAAAGGAAAGAGUGUUCCUGGACUGGUGCAUCCCUGGUACUGCAUGCAUUGAGAAUAUAAGUGUAUUUACACUGCAGUGUUAAGGCAGCUCUGAAAAGAAGACUCCCUCAAAUCUGAAGUUUGUUCAGGGUCCCAGAAAGACUGUGCACUUAACGUUUUAUUCUAAAACUUUCACUCAACGCUUAACUAACCUUUGGAGGUGAACUGAUGGCUUGCUCCACUCAGCUAGUGGUAGCAUUAUUGAUUUACUUUUAAACAUACCUCAACAUAUUAGGUAAGUAUUGUCUUUAUUUACAUUUGACAUCUUUAAAGGUGUUUUUUUUUUUUCUCCCCACAGCUGAAAAAGCAUAAUUUGUUUACAAUUGCAUUCAGUGUUUUGUAUAUGAAUACAUGUUUGAAAUACCCUAUACAAAAUCUCUGCUAACUGUUAAUGAUUUCAGUAUAGCAGAAAGUUAUUUUGAGCUUUCACAAAUAAAACAUUAAUAGACAACAGUUGUAUGCAAUUGGAGACAAAAUAAAAAUAAGAACCAA